AUGGACGACCAAGUCAAGUCUUACCCAAUGCAUGACACCCCUCGGGUCGUGGAUAAAAAAGACUCGAACAAAGAUUACUUCAGGCAAGCGCAAUUCGCUGGCGGUUGGAUACCUGGCAUGGAUCCCAAAGUGGACUAUACAGGGGUGUUCGAAUUCGGCGGUUCACUUGGAACCUUGGCACUUAUGAUAGGCUUCCCAUUCCUAAUGUGGUACAUGUGGAUUGGCGCUGCAUACUAUGAUGGGAAGCUACCUCUGCCGCAAAACGGAGAGUCGUGGGUGGUCUUUGGAAAGCAUCUGUGUCACCUUGUUUACACCGAUGCGUUCCCACAUUUCAGAGCGUGGCGCAUCUACUGGACCUUUUACAUCUUUGAGGCAGCAUGCUACAUCUUCAUGCCUGGAUUCACGUGCCAUGGGAAGGCUCUUUCCCAUCUGAAAGGCAAACGGCUGGAAUAUUAUUGCUCAGCUUACAGUAGCUUGUAUUUCACAAUCGUCCUCAUGUUCUUUCUACACUACACUGGAAUGUUCCCAAUCUACACCAUCCUGGAUGAAUUCGGUCCUCUGAUGUCGGUGGCGAUUCUUUCUGGAUUCCUCGCCAGCUUUUUUGCUUAUUUUUCUGCGUUCGCUCGCGGUGCUCAGCACCGUAUCACUGGUUACCCCAUCUACGACUUCUUCAUGGGAGUUGAGCUGAACCCACGGAUGUUCGGAAUCAUGGACUUUAAGAUGUUCUACGAAGUCCGCAUUCCAUGGUUCAUGCUCUUGGGUUUGAGCUGCGCGGCUGCGACUCGCCAAUAUGAACUCUACGGAUAUGUUUCUGGUGAGGUGUUGUUCCUUGUCAUGGCGCAUUUUCUUUACGCCAACGCCUGCGCCAAAGCAGAACACCUCAUCACUACAACAUGGGACAUGUACCAGGAGAAACUGGGAUUCUUGUUGAUCUUCUGGAACAUGGCUGGUGUCCCUAUGUCUUACUGCCACUGCGUCCUGUACCUGGAUAGUCGCCACCCAUCGACAUAUGCGUGGAAUAAGGAUGCAUUGAAGCUAUUGUUUGUGUCAUAUCUUUUCGUCUACUGGGUCUGGGACACAGCAAACAGCCAGAAGAAUACCUUCCGCAUGAUGGAGCGAGGCAAAUUGGUGAACCGCAGCACAUUCCCCCAGCUUCCUUGGCGACAUGUUGACAACCCAAAAACACUUGAGACAGAGACGGGCGAUGUGAUUUUCGUUGAUGGGUGGUAUGGGUUGGCUCGCAAAGUCCACUACAGCUGCGAUAUGUUUUUCGCUUUGUCGUGGGCACUGAUCACCGGGUUUGAUAGCCCCCUUCCAUGGUUUUAUCCUGUCUUCUUCGCCGUCAUGAUUAGCCACCGUGCCAUGAGGGAUAUCCACAAGUGUAAAACCAAGUAUGGAUCGACUUGGGAUGAGUACGAGAAGCAGGUUCCAUACCUCUUCAUUCCGGUAAGUUCUUACUACAACUUUUUUAAGGAUCCAAAUACUCACUCCUAG